AUGGAUGGAAUCAAAUAUCCAGUAUUUACAGACAAAGGUAUUCGGUUAUUGCUGAAAAAUCAAUAUACUUCUAAUGUCGAAUCAGGAUCAACUAGGACAGAAAUAAAGCAUUGGGUCGAACUCUUCUUUGGUGUCAAGGUAAUAGCUAUGAAUAGUCAUCGACUUCCGGGAAAGGGUAGAAGAAUGGGACCUAUUAUGGGGCAUACAAUGCAUUACAGACGUAUGAUCAUUACGCUUCAACCGGGUUAUUCUAUUCCACCUCUUAUAAAGAAAAGAACUUAA